UACUACUCCCUCCCCUCGAAUCCCAUUUCGAUCUCCACGGCGUCGCCUUCGUUCUCCUCCUCCCCUCAAACCCCUCGAGCUUUUCGGCCCCCUCGCCCAUGGCGACGAAGAAGGGUUUCGACGACGCCGACUCCGAGCCCAUAUUCGGCGAGGCGAGGGCGGAGUGGGAGGGAGGAGGGGACGAAGAGCCCGGCGCCGCCUCCACCUCCCUCCGCCCCCUCCUCUUCUGCGCCCGCGCCCUCGACUCCUCCCGAUUCCGCGUCGUCGCCUCCGAUUUCCACUCCCUCGCCUGGGACCGCGUCCUCACCGUCGCCGAGCUUGAAGACCUCAGAGAUGACAUUGGAAUUGGUGGUGCAUGGGCCGAGUUUGUUGAUUAUCUCAAAUCAUCUCUUUCUUCUGGGGAUGUAAAGCUUAUUUUGAGUGGUCACCCAAAUGUAGAUUCGAGUAUUACUAAUGCUAAGUUGAUAGCAGUCAAGUCAAAGGGGCUACCUCGAAUUUCCAUUUCUCUCAACAGACUCGCGAGCUCCUCAGCUCAUGAUGCAAUAGCCGACUUCUCAUUAGCGCUAUAUAAAGCAUUCAAGAAAAAGGAUAAAGACUCUUUAAAAGAACAAGAGCGCUCAUCAAGGUUGACUGGAUUGCUAUCAUCUGAAAGGGAAAAGAAUGAUAUUCUUCAGAAGCAGCUCGAUUCUCUUUCCUUUCUGAGCAAAAGGAAGGUGCCUAAGUCAAAGAUACCAGAAAAAGCUCCAAGUCCAUCUGAUACCAUUACAAACCCUGAUCAAGUAUUAGUUUCUGAGGCGCAACAACCUUCAGCUGCUGCAGAAGUUCUGGCUACUGCAAGUGCAGAAGUUCCAGCUAGCAAGGCUUCUAAUCCUACUAAAGCUGGUCGUCGGGUGGCCCCCGUCUCUCGGAGAGCAAGAGUAAGAGGUGUUUCCUUACAAGAUACAGCGGACGACGACGACAAAUAAUGAGGAAUCACAGCUUCAUGCCAUAAGUUUUCCUCCUAAUAUACAGGCACACAAGUUGAUAAAAUAUCGAGAAAUAUCAACUAAAACCGUGUUUUCGGCGUAUUAAGUUUACUGUUACCGUCAUCAAGGUACUUAUUUUCACAAACAUUUCGCCAUUACUCUCAUUACAAAUUGAUCAGCCCUCAUUUGGCGCGCCCUGUACAUGAAUCAUCAUAAGUGUAUGUUUCUGAUCCAAAAUGUGAUAGUAUUGCUUUAAACAUGGCUGUGUAGUGCUUGAACCUUACAUUAUCAAAUUUCCUUUUAUCCGGAAAA